CUCGCCUGGACAAUCUCCCAGUUCGCCUUUUUCUUUCUCAUAGCACACUGUCUCCACUCAUUCCUGCUCCUCCAACAUCCUCCAUUCCUUGAAUUCCACCAGCAUCGAGCACGGACAAUUUUCUUUCUCUCUGCAUAGCACAACAUACUGCAUAAUAAUCCACACACAUGGGUAGCUGCGCAUCCACCCCUUCUCCAACCACGGCUCGAUCGAAGGCCAUUGACUCGGCGCUCAAAGAAGAAAAGUAUCGUAUGGCACGCGAAGUCAAAUUAUUGUUAUUAGGCGCCGGAGAAUCGGGCAAAUCCACGAUAUUGAAGCAAAUGCGAUUGAUUCAUGCGCAUCACUUCACAGACGACGAACGAGAGACGUUUCGAGGGGUGGUAUUUGAAAAUGUCAUGAUGUCAAUGCAGAACAUACUAGAGGCGAUGGACCAUUUGGGUAUCCCGCUGCAAAACGAUCAUCAUGCUGAACUCGUCCCUUUAUUUCGAGACGUCCCGGCGAUCGAACGAGGGAAACCCUAUCCAGCCCAUCUACUGGAGCCAAUCAAAACACUGUGGAACGACCAAGGUGUUCAAGCGGCGUAUGGUCAUGGCAGCAGCUAUGCUUUGGACGACAAUGCCAACAUCUUUUUCAAUCAAGUAGACAGGUUGUUUAUGGCAGGUUACACACCCACAGAUGAGGAUAUUAUUCGAAGUCGAGUGAAGACGACGGGUAUUGCAGAGACAGUUUUCAAAGAAGGAGCGUUGACUUAUAGAAUGUUCGAUGUCGGUGGUCAACGAAGUGAACGCAAGAAAUGGAUUCAUUGCUUUGAAAAUGUAACCGCUGUGCUUUUUACUGUGGCUAUCAGUGGAUACGAUGCCUGCUUAGUAGAAGACAAAGAUUCUAACCAAAUGCAUGAGGCUCUCAUGUUGUUUGACUCUAUAUGCAAUUCGCAAUGGUUCAAAGCCACAUCGAUGAUUUUAUUCUUGAACAAGAUCGACGUAUUCAGUCGAAAAAUUUUAACGUCUCCCGUAUCGAAAUUCUUCACGGAUUUUGCAGGCGACGAUACAAGCCUGAAUGAUACCAAAGUAUAUUUCCGCAACCGGUUUGAACGCCUCAAUAAGAAUCCGGGAAAAGUCAUCUACACCCAUUACACGGACGCAACGGAUACCAAGCUACUACGGCACGUUAUGAAUGCUGUUAACGACACGAUUCUUCGCGAAAACAUACAGAGUUUGUUACUGUAACAUUAAUAUCACAGCGGAAUCUGUAAAGAGUAAAAGUACAAAUAGAUAAUCUUUCCGCUUUUCAGAGUU